AUGAUGAGGAUGGCGUCCGAGAGGGGCGACGUCUCUGCGGUCGUGUUCCUGUCUGACACCGUCGCCGCGGGUCAGGCUGCCUGCCGCACCGUGGACGAGCUGUUCCCCGCCGCGGGCAAGGUCGGCGCGCUGUCCGCGGAGGUCCUGGACGAGGACGGCGAGCGCGUGCCGCCUCUGGCGGUCUGCGGCGCCGUGGAUCAGGGCGGCUGGCCGUCCGGCCCGUGCGGCACGGUGCGCCUCUGGGCCCAGGGCACCGUGGGGCUGCUCCUUCGGAGGGCUCAGCUCGACGCCGCCGUCUGCCCCGGCACCCGCGCCGUGGCGGGGCCGCCCCUGCGCGUGACGCGCUGCGACGCCAGCGCCCUGCUCCGCCUGGACGGCCGGCCGCCCCGGGAGGCUCUGCGGAGCGCCUUCGGGGCGGCCAGCGCGGAGGACCAGCUGCAGCUGAAGGGGGGGGGCGCGAUGCUGGCACUGCACAGCCGGCAGGAAUCGAACUGGCUCGCCCGGGCCCCUCCGCUUGCUCCAGGGCCUGCGCGUGAGCGAGGACGGCACCCUUCCCGUGGAGGGCAGGCCGCGCAGCGGCGACGAGCUGCGCCUCCACGCUCCGGACAGGUUCGCGGCGAAGGCCGCCGUCGAGCGGGCGAGCCGCGUCUACGCCAUGGAGCGCUCGGGGGCGUGCGCGGCUCGUCCGGGCGGCUGCUUCGUCUUCUCCGACCGCGCCUACACGCCGAGCUCCUCGAGCAGGACGUGGCCGCGCUGGCGCCGCAGGCGGCCUGCGGCUUCCUCGGCCGCGGGCAGCUCGCACCUCCCGGCGUCACCCUCGGAGGCAGCACUGCGGGCACGGAGGAUCCAGAUCCUGACCGCACGCCAGGCGAGAGUUUCGCGGUGCACAGGUGUUCCGCGCUCGUCGCUUGCCUGCGCUUCGGGCAGUGA